AGAGGGCUGAGAUCAGCUUUCCCAGAGUCUGGGGGCAGGGGGACCAGAGCCCAGGUGUGCACGGGGAGGACGCCUCACCUAGGGAGCGGGCGGCAGGAUGCGUGGCAAGGACGAUGAGUAUGAUUAUCUCUUCAAAGUGGUGCUGAUCGGGGACUCCGGCGUAGGGAAGAGCAACCUCCUCUCGCGCUUCACCCGCAACGAGUUCAACCUGGAAAGCAAGAGCACCAUCGGGGUGGAGUUCGCCACCCGGAGCAUCCAGGUGGACAACAAGACCGUGAAGGCUCAGAUCUGGGACACGGCGGGCCAAGAGCGUUACCGCGCCAUCACCUCGGCCUAUUACCGGGGGGCGGUGGGUGCCCUCCUGGUCUACGACAUCGCCAAGUACCUGACCUACGAGAACGCCGAGCGCUGGCUGAAGGAGCUGCAGGACCAUGCCGACGCCAACAUCGUCAUCAUGCUGGUGGGCAACAAGAGCGACCUGCGGCAUCUCCGUGCCGUGCCCACCGACGAGGCCAAGAGCUUUGCAGAGAAGAACGGCCUGUCCUUCAUCGAGACGUCUGCCCUGGACUCCACCAACGUGGAGACAGCCUUUCACAGCAGCCUGGCAGAAAUCUACCGCAUCGUGUCGCAGAGGCAGAUGACUGGCCAGCAGGAGCUGGAGUUUGGGUCCAGCACGGUCAUUGACCCUAUCAAAGUCCUGCCCACUCACCAGGAUGGGAAACAGGCUCCCUGCUGCCAGAACAUAUGAUCCUGAGGGGAAACACCAGAGGCAGACGGACCCCUGCCGUCGUCCCCCGCUGGGGCUGCUUCCCUGGGUGUGUGUGUGGGGGGUGUCGGAGCAUGUGUUGUAUAAGAUCCUGUCAUUUCCCUGUCUCUUGUUCCCUCCCGCAACCCAUGGACUAUUGUAUUUAAUGUAACUCCUACGUAAACCUAACUGGGCCACAGCUGUUUCCUUGGGGAGACAGGUGUUAUCGAUUUGAGAUCAUCAUUUCCUCUGGUAUCAUGUCCCUCUCUUCCCGCACACUAUUGGACGUAUGUUUAUAUAGGGCCUACUCUAAUGGGAGAAGACACAUUGUGGGGAUCUCCCCUUUGGCCCUGCCUCUCCUUUUAAAACAAACAAACAAACCAAAAACAAAAA